AUGAACGGUGCAAAGGCCGUGGACGGUAGUCUAGCGGGGUCUCACUCGGUGGAGGACAUCCUGGAGGAGCACAUCACCGACCCCGCGAAGCUGCGCGAAGUCAAGCGCGUCCUCUACGGCUCCAACGAGGGCGCCCCUGUCGCGCCCCUCCAGCUGCCCCCCGAGGCCGCCGCCGCCGCCAGCGGGUCCGCGCGGCCGUUUGACCUGCAGGCUUAUGCAUUCAGGGCGGCCCCCGAGGAGCUGCGGCCGCCGCGGGUCGUUAGGAUCGGGAUCGUCCAGAACGCGGCACCGGCCCCGACGACGGCGCCGUUUGAGGAGCAGCGGCAGGCCCUCUGGUCGCGCGCAGAGGAGAUAAUCAACGCCGCCGGCGCAGCGGGGGUCAAAAUCCUCUGCCUGCAGGAGGCAUGGACGAUGCCGUUCGCCUUCUGCACCCGGGAGAAGCACUGGUGCGCCUUUGCUGAGUCAGCGGAGCGCGGCCCCACCACGCAGCUGCUGCAGGGCCUCGCGCGCCGCUGGGGCAUGGUGGUCGUCAGCCCCAUCCUGGAGCGGGACGAAGAGCACGGGGACACGAUAUGGAACACGGCGGUGGUCAUAGGCAACAACGGGAACGUCAUCGGCAAGCACCGCAAGUGA